UCACAUCAAGGACGAGCAUGGAGUAUGCGACGUCAUCGGGUUGUUCACGCAUGCGCAUUUGAAGAAAGUGACGUGCCGAACAUCAAUGCUGACGCCCCGGGGAAGAAAAUAACAAGCAGAGAGAGAAGUGUCACUCAAAAACGAAUAGUGGGACAAAUAAUGCAGGCGGAGGAAUCGGCGAAAAUAAUCAUGAUCAUGCCGUGACCUCUGACUGCACUGAAAUAGCAAACAACUGGAAUCAAGGCCUUGCCUGUUAAGAGCGCACAGUUUCACUCAGCUGGGGAUUUUGACACAACAGCAAGUGGUUUACAAUGGAGAAGGAGGACCAAAAUGGGGCCAGUGGUCAGCUUGAGGACCCAGUCACUAGUCUGGACACAUCAGAGCCUGGGUGUAAGAAGGAAUGCCGUUUCCUGCCUGCUAAUGCUUGGAAAGAAGCCCGACAGCUGCUGGCACUUGCUGGACCAAUGUUCCUUUCACAGCUCAUGGUCUUCAUGAUAAGUAUAGUGAGCUCCAUAUUCUGCGGACACCUGGGGAAGGUGGAACUGGAUGCUGUAUCUCUGGCAGUUUCGGUUAUAAACGUUUCUGGUGUUGCUAUCGGGGUGGGAUUAGCAGGCGCCUGCGACACUUUGAUAUCACAGACGUACGGAGGACGCAACCUAAAGCUUGUAGGAACUAUCAUGCAGAGGAGCAUCUUAAUCCUUAUGCUUUUUUGCUUUCCUUGUUGGGCCCUGUUUAUAAACACUGAACCUAUUUUGCUCCUUUUUAAACAGGAUCCAGAAGUAACCAGAUUGACCCAGAUGUAUGUACUGAUUUUCAUACCAGCCCUACCGGCUACAUUUCUGUACAAUCUAGAGGCAAAAUAUUUGCAAAACCAAGGCAUUGUUCUACCUCAAGUGUUAACGGGACUCAUAGCAAAUAUCUUCAAUGCUCUAAUAAACUACAUUUUCCUGUAUGUGCUGAGCUUGGGAGUUAUGGGCUCUGCUUGGGCAAACACCGUAUCUCAGUAUAUCCAGAUGAUUUUGUUGUUUCUUUAUAUCAUAUGGAAAAAACUUCAUGCAGACACCUGGGGAGGUUGGUCCCGAGGGUGCUUUGAGGACUGGGGACAGUUUAUACGUUUGGCUAUUCCCAGCAUGCUCAUGAUCUGUAUCGAGUGGUGGGCAUUUGAAAGCGGAAUCUUCCUGGCAGGAGCGCUUGGCGUGGUGGAACUUGGUGCUCAAACAGUUAUACUUCAGACAGCUAUUAUUGUGUGCAUGGUGCCUAUGGGUUUCAGUAUAGCAGUCAGUGUCCGUGUGGGACAGUCUUUAGGAGCGGGGAACAUCGAACAAGCAAAAAAAUCAACUGUAGUCGCCAUGUUUAUGACAGAAACAUGCACUAUCGGGAGUUGUAUCCUGCUUGCCAGCCUGAAGGAUGUGUUGGGUUAUAUUUUUACGACGGAUGAGGAGAUAAUCAGCCUGGUCAGCUAUGUGCUCCCUGUGUACGCGGCAUGUCACCUGUUCGAUGGAUGUGUGAUUAUGUGUGGGGGCAUUUUUCGGGGAACUGGAAAGCAGAAGAUUGGAGCCAUUUUCAACUUGGUUGGUUACUAUGUGAUAGGCCUUCCUGUGGGAAUCACACUAAUGUUUGUAGCCAAUAUUGGAAUAAUGGGUUUUUGGUUAGGAAUCUUCCUAUGUGUGAUGGUACAAGGACUUUUCUUUAUUAUAUUUGUGUUUAAAAUCGACUGGAACAAAGCAUCAGAAGAGGCUCAAGUGAGGGCCAUGCUUAGAAUGAAGAGGGCUAAGGACAUAAACAACAAAUCAGCUAUUUAUCAGAGUGCGUCUCCAUCAGAUGAAACAGAAUGUCCUGGAAAUGUGGCACUUACUGAACUGGGUUGCACAGAAAGACAGAUUUCAGAACCUGCAGUAAAUGGGACGCCGCCACAUUCAGUCUCGUUAACCAAAUGUCAGCUUGUGCUGCGCCGUAUGCUGGCCCUUGUAGCUGCAGUUGGGAUACUGGUGAUAGGGAUUAUAAUAAGAUUUGCUAUAUGAACUUGGUUUUUUUUCUAGACAAAGAAUGUGUUUUCUCAGAACAGGGAAUCACUUAUGUUUUUCAGUGUUAGCUAAGAGUUUGGAUUUUUUUUUUUUUUAAAUAUCUGAAGAACUUAUUGAUACAGACAAAGAGACGCUCCGAGGAGCCAACUCCGACCAAAAUACAGAAAGUAAAGUUUAAGUCAACAGUGAAAUGGAAAAGAGUAAUAGAAAAAUUGCUGAUAGAGUUAUAACAGACAUCCAGAAUACACAGAGACUCAUAGUUCUGUUUUUUUUUUUGUUUUUUUUUUUAAUUAUUUUUUAUUGAGGAGUAGUAUACAACAGAUAAAUUAUUGACAUAACAGAAAAUAUUUUCAGCAAUAGUACAGACAUUGCAUAAAAAAGGAUAAAAAAAGAAAUAAGAAAAUAUUCAUUUUUUUACUACAGUCCUCUUUUUUGUCCCCUGUUAAAGUGAUUUGGGCCACUCAUGUGCCCUUGUUUGCAUAAAGACAAGAAAACAGUAGAGAUAGGGGUAUUAUACUAAAACAAAAACAUAAACUUAACAACAUAAACCAGAUGGUGAUACAUUUGUAGAAUAAAGACCAAAACUGGGCAAUAUAAAUGCAAAUGGCCUCCUUCUUAAACAUAAACUUAACUACAUAAACCAGAUGGUGAUACAUCCUGGUAUACAAGUAAAACAAAUACAAAUGGCCUCCUGCUUCAUUCAUGGGGAAGGGGCAAUAGUAGUGCUGAGAGCUAAAAUAUAAGCGUGAGGGAGAACUAUCGUUCAUUAUAGAGGGUUAUUUGAAGAGAGUUUAUAUUAUGAGACUGUUUGUUAGGGAUUUGCAAGGCUUGGCGUGAAGUGAGUGUACAGGGCUAGUUAGCAGAAAUUAUAUGUGUGCGCUAUUGAGCUUAAUACCUAAGGGCCAGUGUAUGUUCAAAUACCAAGAAGUUUUUUUGUUUUUUUCCCUCUCCUCCCGCGGCUUCGGCCGCAAGCCACGAGGGAAGGCCCUAUAAAGGUCUGGACACAUAUACCCCAAGUGAUGAAACUACAUAAGUAUUAAUGCCUGAUAUAUGAUAGCCCAUUAGACUUGUUUUAACAACCAAUAAGAUAUAUACAUUUGUGUAACUAAGUGAAAAAUUUAACCUUACUCAAUCCAAUUACAUUAUAUUACUGAGCCAGUUCGUUUCCAUCACUUGAUAUCAAAAGUGGAACAAAUGUCUUUUGAGGGCCAGCUGCAGUCCGACUAAGAGGAGCCUUUACCAGCUAUCCCUCUCCUUUCCUCGGGGCCCGGCUAUCGCCGUGAAGAUCAUAUGUAUGUUGCCAAGAGCCGACUUUAAAUACAGUCAGCGUGUCCCCGGCUCCACAAGAAUCGCAUCCACUACAACGGAGGGUAUUAGACUUACCCGGCUUAUAGUGUUGCUCAGUCAGGUAGUAUAGUUUAUUCGGGUUGUGGGCUCUUCCGAACAUCUGUGCUAAUUCUGCUUGAGUCGUCAACAUCUUUUCCCCCAGCAGAUCGGUCCGGAUGUUUUUUGGUGAUCGAGUCUUUGUUUUAGUGAAGGAGGGGUGAGGAACCUCCCUAUAGAUUGCAGCCAGAUCUGUCAACACCGGCGGCAUCCGCAAACCAGGGAGCUCUUGCUCUUGCAGUCUCGGACGCCGCCCUGCUCCAAGCAUGCCGCUCAGAACAUCAAAGGCUGGUUGAUCCUGUUUAGUGGUAUGCGGCUCUCGCAGCACACGAGUGGAGUUGUCGACGUUAAGGUGGCUCUCCUCUCCCUCAUGUGAAUCCCUCAGAUAUAUUGUAAGCCCACUCUCAGGUGCUAAGCGACUCACCAGAUAGUCAUACGGUGCUCUCUCCAUUAGCCUAUACAUAACGUUUUCAAAUUUUGCAAAAAGUUUCUCAUAUCUUGUCAUGCAGUCCCCUUCCUCCAUACUUGCUGUAUUGCACUGCAUGGAAAUGUCUCGCCCCAGUCACCGCGAUCUGCAAGCUUUUCAGCUACUUAGUUCAGUAUGUUAGAUUGAUGACUGGGUAGUGAUAGAUUGUGAAGAGGUUCAGUAAGCCGGAUUGCCCGGCAGCACUGAUCACCCGGCUCUUCCCGGGGGGGAGGUGAAUGCCUAAUAUAUGGCCGCUGCCUUAGGCCUUUAGAUUCCGAUCUGGGUCCCCAGCGUCAUAUGUACAGCUGAAAAAGUCAAUGUGGAUCACAAUUACUAGAACUGCGAAACCUUUGCGUGAUAUAUGCUUAUUUGUGCUGUUAAAUAAUAAUAAUCAGCGGAUUAUUAAAAUUUCUGCUUGGAGCUCUCAGGUUGUGCCAUAGUUCUGUUUUUUAUUUCAAAUAUUUCUUUCAAUAAAAAAAUCAGUGUGUGUCUUAAGUCAA